AUGUAAAACAAAGAUUAAGGAUUAUUUAAAACAGUUGCUAUCAACAAUAUCGUAUAUUUGAAUCUUGAAAAAGGUUUAGUCUAUAUCCCCAAUAAAAAAGUGGGAGAAGAUGCUGGAAACAAUGGAGAGAUAUUUAAAGGUUAUAUUGGAUAUAACACAGAUAAAUAGAUAGAAUGUUGUGUAAAGAAGUUUUCCAUACCAACAUAUGAUGUAAUUUUAAUCAUAUAAGUUUGUAGAAAUAGAUGUAUGAAAAAUUACAUUAAGAGUUAAUAUUUGGAAGAUAAUUGGUUCAUAAAAAUAUAGUGAAAUUUUAUGAAUGUUCGAGAAGUGACAAUAAUUUUUAUAUGUUUAUGGAAUAUUGUAAUGGAGGAUCUUUAGCUGAAAGAAUGAGUUUAGGUUAUGAAGAUUCCCUGAUGAGUACCAAAAUAUUUUCAGAGGGUAAGAAAUAAUAAUAGUUUUAGUUUAAGCAAUUAAUAUAAUAUAAUAAAUAAUAGAUGCACUAAUCUAUAUGAAAGAAUUAAGUUAUGAUGGUAAAGUAGGAGCAGUCCAUAGAGAUAUCAAACCAGAUAAUAUUAUGUUUUAAAAUGAUAUUCCUAAAUUAAUAGACUUUGGAAUGUCAAGAUUUAUGGAUAAAUAAACUAUUACACAUUACAAAGGUUCUCCAAUAUAUAUGUCACCUCAAAAUCUAAGAUUCGAAAAGUAUGAUUUAGAAAAAAAUGAUGUAUGGGGCAUAGGAAUAAUCCUAUUUUAAUUAGUUGAAGGAAUAUAUCCUUGGAGAAUGGCAUUGAAUAGUCUAGAAGAUUUGCAGAAGGCAUAAGAAAAAAUAAAAAAUAAUAUCUAAUUUAAAAAUAAAGUUUCUGAGGAAUUAUAAAGUUUAAUUAGACAUAUGUUAUAAUAUGAUGAAUAAGAUAGAUGUGAUUGGAAUUAAGUCACAAAUUAUUAAAUAAUAAAACAUUAAAAUCAUCUAUAAAUCAAUACAAUUAAUAGAUUAGUCUUAAAUUAUGAAUUAUUUGAAGAUCUGCAAACUAAAUUAAAUAUUGAAAAGCUAAGUAAAUGUUUUUUAGAUUUAACUUUAACAACAAUCAAUAAUUUAAAAGAAUUCUUACCAAAAAAUUCAUCAUUAGAAAAGAAAAUUGAUUAAUUAUAUAUCAAAAGAAUACUUUAAAAAAGAAAGUUUCAUACAUUCAAAAGUGAAAGAGCAUUAAAAUAUAAAUUAUCUUAAAGAUUAGUGAAAUAUUUAGAAUAAUUGAUCUUAGACACUAUAGAUUAAGUUUAAACAAAGAAUGUGUAACUUGUUUGUUAAAUAAUUAUUUCCUUAUAUAAAACUGAUGCAGAAUUUAAGGAUGAAUUACCAUUAACAAGUUUGUUAUAAUUAGCAAAACUUUGA